GUAAAUCGAGGAAAUAUCUAAUCAGUCAAUCUAGAUCUGUACUACACAAUCACCUUAAUAAUAGGUACCUGAUAAAGUAGCAAGAACAUUAUGAUCGCACAAGUAGUUUUUGUAGCUAGCCUGAUGGCUUUCGCCAAUGCUGGCCACCUUCUUGGUCACCACAGUUGGGGUCUAGGUUUUGGAGGAGGAUUUGGUGGUGGACUAGGUGGACUAGGAGGAGUUGGUGGUAUUGGAGGAGGAGUUGGUGAUAAUGGAGGAGGAGUAGGUGAUGGAGUUGGGCAUGGACACGUUGUUGACUAUUAUGCUCCUCCGCACUACGAAUACAGAUAUGCUGUCCACGAUCCUCAUACCCAUGACGUGAAAGAACAAGCUGAAGUAAGAGUAGGAGAUGAAACUCACAGUUCAUUGGCUUGGGGUGAACAUGACAGACAUGCUGAAGUACAUAGGCUCAUUCACCAUUCAGUUCCAGUAGUCAUUGCCCAUCAUCAUGGCCACGGAUGGGGAAAGUAGAGACUUGGGAGACCGAUAGGUUGCACCCGGGGCCCUCCUGAAGCAGCAAGGUUACAUAGAUCUGGAAAGGUAUUUGAUACUGUCGACCACUCUCAGCUACUACAAUUUUAGGCAGUAAGAGCAGCUUUUUAAGAAUUAUCUAAAUGAC